AUGCCUAAGCGGAAGUGCAAGUUCAACGAGGCGCUGGGGAAGGAGUUUCCGUUCAUAAAGAAGACAUGGUCGGAGUCCGAUGUUUGCUUCAAUAAAUCCGGAGGAGACUUUUCUAUCGCCCACAGUGGACGUUCUGACACCGUGAAGCAUAUCAGCACCGAGAAGCAAAAGCGGAACCUGUCAGCUGCUGCCUCUUCCAGUGCGCUGACGAAGUUCUUCAGGCCGGAACACGCCGGGGACAAGGAGUUAAAACUCGCCGCUUCUGAGGGUGUGUUCGCAUUCCACACGGUUGUCCACAACCAAAGUUUUCGGUCAAUGGACUGCACCUCAAAACUUCUGCAGAAACUUUUUGACGAAAUAUUUGCCUGUGCGCGCACGAAAGCCGAAGCGGUUGCCUUGAACAUGCUCGCUCCUUCUGCAGCAGAAGAUUUGAAGGCCGACCUCCAGGACGCUCAGUUCACCUUUGUCUUCUGUGAUGCGUCGAACCACAAGGAUCGAUCUGAAAGUGUUUCCAAUAGUGAUUCGUUACUUCAGCUCUGCUGCUGGAGUGCAAACGAAGCUGCUUGA